UUACUUUUGCCACAAACGCUGAAGACACAAUGGCUUUGUUGUGUCACUAAUUGAACUCUGUCGUGGCCGAGCUGUGCAAAUACGUAUUAACGGGAACAGUAGGGAAGACAUUCUUUACUGGAUUGGCAGAAAAGAAAAAGGCUUUACAUAAUAACGGGCAUGCGUUUUCACGUGAAAUGUCCCUUUAAAAGGAGGAUUUGUGUUAAUUCAUUGAGGCGCAUGAGGUGCGAUCACACAGUGGAAUAGUGGUCCGGGAUCUCUGCACGACACCGUUCAAAAUGGUUACUUCAUACCCUUUGCCUGAGGGAUUCUCUGAAUUCGAUGUGUUUUCCUUGGGUUCUGCUCUUCUCGUAGAGGGUCUGGUUGGGUUGUUUCUCAAUGGACUCACAGUUAUCUCGUUCCUAAAAAUAAGGGAAUUACGGACCCCAAGCAAUUUCCUCGUGUUCAGCUUGGCUAUGGCUGACUGUGGAAUCUGCAUGAAUGCAACCGUCGCAGCGUUUUCCAGUUUUCUGAGGUACUGGCCAUACGGAUCAGACGGAUGCCAGACGCACGGGUUCCAAGGCUUCACAACCGCUCUGGCCAGCAUUAACUUUAUUGCUGCCGUUGCCUGGGACAGAUACAACCAAUACUGCACCAGAACGAGACUGCAGUGGAACACCGCAGUGUCUCUGGCCAUCUUUAUCUGGCUGUUCACUGCUUUCUGGGCUGCCAUGCCCCUGAUUGGCUGGGGAGAGUACGACUACGAACCCCUGCGGACCUGCUGCACCCUGGACUACUCUAAGGGCGACAGGAACUAUGUGUCAUAUUUGCUGCCCAUGGCUUUCUGCAACCUGGUUAUCCAAGCGGUCACAGUUCUGUCUUCAUACCGGUCCAUUGCGAGGAAAUUCAAGAAGACUGGUCAACCUAAGUUUAACACAGGCACUCCUCUGAAGGCCCUGCUGUUCUGCUGGGGCCCGUACGCAGUGCUGUCUCUGUACGCAACCGUGGAAGACGCCACCCUGGUGUCUCCUAAAGUCAGGAUGAUUGCUCCUAUUCUGGCAAAGACCUCUCCACUGUUCAACCCCUUCCUGUACGCCCUGGGAAAUGAAAACUACCGGGGAGGAAUCUGGCGGUUCCUCACAGGGCAAAAGAUUGACGUGCCUCAAAUUGACAAGUCCAAAUAAACUAAGCGUUCGUUAAGCACACCUCAAGUCCCGAAGCUCUCUGAAGACGUCCAUGUUCAGCUCGCAGAGUUCCAUUUCUAUCAUAUUUAUCUCUGAUACAUAUGCAGCUGUGUGUAGCUGUCACAGAGUUUACCGUAGGUGACCAAUAAAGCGUUGUUUCAUUUUGUAGUCUUGUGACAUUAUUUCAGGUUCAGUGUAUGCAUUUCAUUGGCUCAUACAGACUUUACUGUGUGUGCGUUGAAGGGCGUGUUUGAUACAGACGUUUUGCGUGGACACACCAGCUUUGUAAUGGCAGUUAUGGGGGCAGUGAGGCACAGAGGUUUAAAGAAAAUGUGUCGUCUGAAACGCUGAAGAGUUCCUUGGUGCCAUCUCUUCACUUCCAGGGAUCCAUGUACUGUAAUAAUGUCCACAUAGGAACAUAUCUAUUUCCUGCACCAUGAUUUAUUUGAGCACAGCUGUUUCAGCACCAUGAGAAACACUAAAUUAUUGUACAAGGACAUGUACAAGCUUUGAGUUAUUUUAUCGUGUACACCACAAAUCCCCAUAGCAGCCGUUGCCCAGCUGGUAGAUAAUUCUGGAAUGAUCUAAAAUAUAGAUCAUUUUUUAUACUUCACAUAAAAACUGUCCUGACAAAUAGAAGCAUACCAUGAAACUGAAAUAAUCUUUACAAAGUGUUUUGUCACUGAAUGGAAAUUUUAGUUGUUGUGCGUUUUGUAUUGUGUGCUGUAGAGAAAUAUCAAAGAAGCGGAUUUUCAGGUAAUGUUAUUGGAGACCAGAUUGAAACUGGCCAUGCAGUCUCUCUUUAGCACUGCCCCCCAGUUCAGAAGCCAGAAGCCUCCACUUCAAUGUUGUGCCGCUUGCUUUAAGCUAAACAGUGUAGCCUUAUAUGUAACAAUGUAACUGCAUAGCACAUCACAAAGAUUUCUCUGGGAACAAUCUUACAACAGAUUCAAGAACAAGUAAUAAUGGCACUAGUGACUGUCCAGUACAGCGCAGAACUGCAUUCCUUUCCUGUGUAUACAGUAUACACGGGGAUAAAGCACUGCUGCUGCUUUCCUGGGGUCAUGUGUUCAUCAUAAAGCAUUUCAGUCUUGUUCCAGAAGAGAAAAGAUUUAGAUCAGCCCCUGGAGGGGAAUUAGCAGUGGGGCACUGUCUAAUCCUACACACAAGGGGGCUUUUUUGCAAGCACACAACCAUUAGCACAAAGAACAACACCAACCACACAUGCUACUAUAUAUACUAGAUUCUCUUUCAGAUCCCAUACAAAAACCACUUCCUUACAUAAUCCUGUGACACAAGGAGCAUCAUUUCGGCCAAGGCAUCUAUAAUGUUUAUUCAUACUUACAUAUAGUAUUAAUUAUAUCAGGUUUAAUUACACAGCAAUGUCAAAGAGAUGGUCCAGCACUAAUGGCGUACAAAGACAGGAUCACAAAUUUGGCAACUAAAGUACCUCUUAUUUCCAGGUGUUCCACCCAAAGCAUCUCACGUCGUUAUGUUCUCGCUGGAAUGUUUACUUUCUAAUAAAAAGACCAAGCUGAAGACUGUACAAGCAUUACCUCUGACGGUCCUGAAUUAAAGCACAGGCAUUAAUGCCUACAGGCCAUCAUUCCUAGUGCCUAUUGUGAGUGCGUGACUCUAUAUGUAUCUGUUCAUUUGAGGCAUUCCAGACGAUAGCUCAUUGCUUGAACUGCAUCUACAUUUCUCACAAGAUCUCACCAGGUCAAACAGUAGUAAGUGUGGAAUGGCCUUUAAAGUGUUUUCUAUGCAGGAACUGGGGUCAUUAUCUACUUUGUUUACUGUGUAUUCUGUGCUUGUGCCAGUGGUGCCAAUACUUAUGCCGUCUGUUCUUUGCAAAGCACUCAAAACUGUGUGUAGUGCUGCCAAGCUGCUACUGUAAGUGUGAAGUUCUUGCUUUGUCAACCUCCUAAUGUGUUCAGUAAUAAAUCUUAUAUUUGUCACCUGA